UGUGACGUAACCACGCCUUAGUGGUCGCGUGAUUUUCGUCGUGUCCGGUCGAGGCCGAGUCGACCCGUUGGUUCCGCCGCGCAGUGAGAGCGAUACUCGGCUUCAAGGCGUAGCUAACAGCCGCUGGAGCUAUCGCAGCUUGUUUCGUCUGGGUAUUGUUUGAAGGAGCAGCGCACUAAAAUAUACAAUGGACAGCAGAGGCUACGGUUCUGGUUACUCCAGUUGGGGAGGUGGAGGGUCAGGCAGCAGAGGUUCUGGUGGCUUUGACCUGUAUGGGGGAGGUUAUAAGGACUCAAUGUCUGGGCUCGGGGGCUAUGGAGGAGGCGGAGGAGGCGGAGGAGGAGGAGGAGGAGGAGGCCACCACAUGAAGAGAGGUCUCUCGGGAGCAUCCCUUCUCUCAUCCACAGGCACACAUGCGGAUGCAGUGAUUGCCAAGAUUAACCAACGCCUGGACAUGCUCACUCAGUUGGAGGGGGGUUUGAAAGGGUCUCGGGGUGACAGGUAUGACCAGUACGAGUCAUUCGACUCGCGCACCUCCGGUCUCACCUCCUCCCGAGAUCUCUACAGAUCUGGCGGCAGUAGCUAUGGUUAUGGCGAUGGCCGUGGGGACAACAUGCUGUUGGGUCAGCGAGGAGGCUCGGGCUUCGGAGGGGGAAUUGGGCUAGGGGGAGGAGGAGGCUUUGACAGCCCCUCCUCUUCCUAUGGAGUCGCUAAAAUGCGACAGAAUAUGAGGGAGUCCUUCAGCAGUGGCCAGGGAGGAGGUUCUGGAGGUGGAGGAUGGGCUGGAGCAGGCCGACGUUCCCCCAGAAGGGGUGGAAGUGCCGGGGGUCGAGGAGCUGGAGGAGGGUUUGGAAGCCGCAGGUCCGACCCCACUCCAUUAGGCGGAGGUGGGCAAGGAAGUGGCAGUGGUGGCCAGUCCCACCGUGGCCACUCUCCAGGAGGUGGUAGAGGCAAGCUCCCAUCACUCCUGUCCAACCGCAUGUACCCUGAGAGUGGGGGCUUCCAUCAGGGUUCCAUUCAAGGGCCUCACGACUUUCCUGGGAGGCAUUUUGGAGGGGGCCCACGGGCUGGCCGCCAGCGAGGCCGCAAGAGACCCCUCAACAAACAGGUGAAACCACAGCGAGAUGUCCAGAAGAAGAGAAAGCAAACACUCACUGCAGCCGAUGAGCCAGAGUCAAAGAUGAACAAGACAGAGGGUGCAGGGUCAGAAGCUACCCAAGAGCAAGCAGAGAAAAACGGUGACGACAGCGAAUCAAAGACUGCAGCUGAUGAGACAAAACCUGCUGCAGAUGGGGAUAAAGCUUCACCCAAACAGGAGGAGAAGAAAAGUCCACAGGGCAAACAGACCCCAUCCCAAGGUCAGGACAAGCACCCAAAAAUGAGGAAGAGGAGGGGUUUCCUGGAAAGGGUGAUGUUUGCAUGCUCUGUGUGUAAGUUCCGUUCGUUCUACAAGGAGGAAAUGGAAACUCAUCUUGAGAGUCGCUUUCACAAAGACCACUUCAAGUUCCUUUCCGGCCAACUGUCCAAACCCACGACAGACUUCCUACAGGAGUAUUUGCAGAACAAGUUCAAGAAGACAGAGCAGAGGGUUGACCAGUUGGAAAACCACAGUGCUACCAUCUGCCAGGUGUACAAAGAGCAGGACCUCACCAGGGAUCUCGGUAUGGAGCACUUCAUGAGGAAGGUGGAAGCUGCCCAUUGUGCAGCAUGUGACCUUUUCAUUCCCAUGCAGCCCCACCUGAUACAGAAACACAUCAAGUCUCCUGACCAUAACUACAACCGGAAGGGUAUGAUGGAGCAAUCCAAGAGGGCUAGCCUGUCAGUUGCUCGUAGCAUCCUUAACCACAAACUCAUUGGCAAGAAGCUGGAGAGCUACCUCAAGGGUGAAAACCCGUUCUCUGGUAACCAAGACGACCAGGAUCCAGAGGACUCCAUGGUGAUGGACGUGUCUGAGCUAGAGAUGACCAGUGAGACAGCAGACGGCCAGACAGACACGACAACAGUCAAGGACGAGGCGGCGGCUGAAGGAGAGCCUGGCCAAGAGGCGGUUGAGGGUGAUGUGGUAGCGGCAACAGAAGCUGCAGCAGCAGAUGAAGCAGCAGCAGCAGCAGCGGAGGAGGAGGAAAAGAUGGAGGAGGAGCUAGGAAUGGAGGGAGAGGAAGCUCGGAGGAACCUGGAGGAGGAAGAGGAGGAGGGUUUUGAAGUUGGAGAGGAGGAGGAGGAGGAGGGAUAUGUGGUCCGCGAUGAGAUCAGUGAAGAGGGAUUACAGGGUGAGCUGGAAGAGGAGGAGGAGGAAGGAGUAGAGGCAGCAGAGGUCGAGGAGGAGGAGGAUAAAAAUGAUGAAUGACUUUUGCACCCUGUGCGUGACUUCUCAUCCUUAACAUCUGUCCGGACCAGUCAUUGACCCCACACAGUCCAAUUAAACAAAUUUCAUUGUCAGGCGUAAGAAAUAUAUAAACCUGCUCCCACCAUCCACCAUUUUUAUUGUUUAUAUAAUUUAAUUUUUAAAAUUUUUGUUUAAGGAAAGGUUUACAUUCUUUAAGAUACUCUUUUUCGCUAUCUUGCCGAGAAUUAAAUGAGGAAAUUAUGAAAAGAUAGUCUGUCUUAACUGAACCUCUUAUGUUUGUCUACAAACUGUCUUUGGAGGUGAUGAUGGAGAGAGCCAGACCAGUGUUCUCCCCGUUUGUAGUCUUAAUGCCAAGUGAAUCACUUCCCUGCUCCAGCUCCAUUCUUAACAUAGACCUGAGUGGUAUCAAUCUUCUCAUUUGAAAGUCUGCAAAAUGGCAAAUAAGUAUAUUAUUUAAAAAUGUCAAACUAUUCCUCUUGAUACUUUUUCUUGUGCCUUUUGUUCAAAUUUUUUUGUUGUUGUUGUUUUGGUUUAGAUUAAUUUGUUCAGAAUCCUUUAAGAAAUGUUGAGUAUUGUAAAGUGGAGAGAUUUUGACAUUGUGUACUUUAUUCCUCAUCGGUUACCUAAUGCCAUAGCAUUCUGUCUAUUGCCAGUGUUGAUGGUAAAUGGAUGAUUUUCCAACCUUUUGGUAACAUCUAGAACCGAGUGUGCGUUUUUUUUUUUUAUUCUACAGCUGGGAUGACUGAGAUAAUGUCUACUGUCUGUUGAAUAAGUAUGGAUAUUCAGAAUUCAUCAGUCAUUUAACAAACAAUCUUGUUUCACUGAAAUAAGAAAUAAAUUUGUUGAGUAAA